GUAGACUAAAUUUCUAUGAAAUCAAGCCUGAGAUCGCAACAAUCUGUAUCAUUGAAGACUGAAGUUUAAUCGUUCUUUUUGGAACAUGACAACAUUAUUUUCAGUAAUCUUGAUUUGGAGCGUGGUCAACAAAGUUUAUGGAGAUCAUUGUAAAAUACCUAUUAUCUAUUAUGCAAGCGUUUCUCGGAUAAACUCCUACAACACCUUGGCUGACAAUACUUCAUCAAGCAAAAUCUUUGAUUCAUCUGGCAGUAAACUGGUCUAUGACAAACAUAACCACAACAUCUUGGUUUAUAACUCAAGCAAUGCCAUAUACAAUGUACGCUUGGAUGGUUUGGUAAUGGAAAUCUUGGCUACAGAUGAAAAGUAUUUUCAACGUUUCGCCUAUGAUGGUCGUCGCAAAAACAUAUAUUAUGUUCAUAAGGCCACCCAGACAAUUCGUAUGCUAAAUCUUACAAAUAUGGAAGAUGUUAAAGUGAAAGCAUUGGCUAAUAUCCACAACAUCAGGGGUGUUGAUAUUGACGUAUUAAACGACUGUCUUGUAAUUGUCACCCCAUCACAACAUUUCUCACUUGUCUUUUACGACCUUGGUCAAAACGCAUCGGUUCGUUUUAUCAGUUAUAAUGGUGGCUAUGGGCAAUCACUGUAUGUCGUUGAAGAUGGGACAAUUUACUGGACAAUUUUCGAAUUACUCAGUUAUUCAUUUAGAGUUUUGUCCACAACCAUCUCAGGUGUAACAACUGAGCUAGGUAUUAGUUACAAGGAAGAAAUUGUGGUCGCGGCUGACGAAUUAUAUCUUUAUAUUUUGGAAAAACGCCACGAUCAUGUUGACAUAUAUUCGAAAAAAAACUUACGAAAAGUUCGAGAAGUAUUUUUAGAGUCUAUUAGAAGUGAAAUGAUUAUUGGGAUUGAUAUUGACGAAUGUUGCUUUAACGACACAUGUCACGUGAAAGCCACGUGUUCCAACACCCCAGGAACCUUCGUCUGCACCUGUUUUGAAGGUUACGAAGCGAGCGGAGUUUAUUGCAAAGAUAUUAACGAAUGUGAGCAUGUCAAUUACUGCAAAAACCCAAAUGUAGACUGUGUGAAUACUGAAGGAUCAUUUUACUGUACUUGUUCAUCUGGUUUCACUGGAAAUGGAAUAAUUUGCACAGAUAUCGAUGAAUGUCAGUUCAACAACACAUGUCACAUCAACGCCAUAUGUUCCAACACUAUCGGAAGCUUCAAUUGCGUUUGUUCUAGUGGUUUCAAGGCAAUUGGAAGUGGCUGUGAAGACAUCAACGAGUGCGAUCUUAGUUACUGUGAUCCAAAUGCGAGGUGUGUGAACACUGAGGGGUCAUUUCACUGUAACUGUAGACCUGGCUAUACUGGAAAUGGAUUCAACUGCACCGAAACCUGUGAACAGGCACUUUUGCUUUUAUUUUCUGGAGGAUACAAAUAUAAAUACGACAAAUACAAUCGUCGCUUGUUGCUUCUUGAUUCACCUAGUAACGACUUAUUCAGUCUCUAUUUAAAUUUAACUGUUUCGACGAAGUUAAUCAAUAAUAUAAGAAAUGUUACUGAUUAUACGUACGAUGGUUCCAAUCGCAUUCUUUAUUACCUAAAUGGACAAACACUAAAAAUACAUUCAUUGCACAUGAGCAACGGAAAUGACAAAUCUGUACAAGCUUUGAGUCGUUUCUCGGAUAUACAAGCUCUGGAAAUGGAUACAAAGAAUAGGUUCCUAAUAAUAGCUCGAUCAUCGGACCCUCCAAUAUUAAGGUUUCACACUCCAACAUCGACAACAUUUGAGGAACAUUUUAAUGGCUCAGCUCAAGAGUUGUCCGUUGAUCAGGACGAUGAAGUCGUUUACUGGGAUAAUGUCAUAGGGAAAAAACACAAUCUGUUUAGAACAUUCUAUGCCAAAGAAACAGAGAAUCUUAAUAUCACGUAUGAUGGACGAAUCGCGCUGGCACAGGACUAUUUCCACCUGUAUGUGCUAGACCUAGGAAAUAAAAGAUUAGACAUUUAUCUCAAACGCACUCUGAAAAGAAUUGCUUCUACCUCUGUCGUGGCACUGAUGGCACAGCAGUUAAUAAUAGCAUUUGAUUAUGAUGAAUGUUGUGUUGGAACGUACUGCCCAGAAACGGCUACGUGUACGAAUGCACCAAGCAGCUUUACUUGCAAGUGCAACGAAGGAUAUUUUGUUAAUGGAAGCAUAUGUCAAGAUGUUAACGAGUGUGAGAAAGAAAACGGAUGCCAUGUUAACGCAACUUGCACCAACACAAUUGGUUCAUAUAAAUGCACGUGUAUGGAUGGAACUAAAGGAGAUGGCCGUAAUAACUGCACAGAUAUUGACGAAUGUAUGGUUGAAGGUUUCUGUGACGUCGACAAGGCAAAUUGCAAUAAUACUUAUGGAUCUUAUAACUGCGAAUGUUUUAAUGGUUUUACUGGCGAUGGAAAACAUUGCAUUGAUAUUAAUGAAUGUGAUAGUAAAAAUUAUUGCCAUGAUGACGCCACAUGUAUAAAUACCAUUGGCUCGUAUAACUGCUCAUGUCAGGAUGGAUUUCUAGGAAAUGGUACUUACUGUCAAGAUAUCGACGAGUGUUCUUUGGUUACUAAUAAAUGUGAUGUCAAUCGAGCGAAUUGUACUAAUACACUUGGCUCCUAUACGUGUCAGUGUGUACAUGGUUACACUGGAGAUGGAAGAGAUUGCAAAGAUAUUAAUGAAUGUAAUGGUGAAAAUUAUUGCCAUGACGACGCCGUAUGUAUAAACACCAUUGCAUCAUAUAACUGCUCAUGUCGUAAUGGAUUUCAAGGAAAUGGUACUGACUGUAAAGAUAUCGACGAGUGUUCUUUGGGAAUUGAUAGAUGUAGCCUUAGCGCUCAUGCAUAUUGUUCUAACAUGCCUGGCUCCUACACAUGCCAGUGCAUACAGGGCUAUACUGGAGAUGGCAUAGCCUGCAAAGAUCUUGACGAGUGUGCUAUCAGAGAUGGUAACAAUUGUAGUGCGAACGCUAACUGUACAAAUACCUUUGGUUUGUACACCUGUCAUUGUUUGACCGGCUUUGCUGGUAACGGAUUUGUUUGCACAGAUAUUAAUGAAUGUGAUGGUGAAAAUGAUUGCCAUGAUGACGCCGCAUGUAUAAAUACCAUUGGCUCGUAUGACUGCUCAUGUCGUAAUGGAUUUCUAGGAAAUGGUACUUACUGUCAAGAUCUUGACGAAUGUGCUGUGGGAGAUGGUAAAAACAGUUGUAGUGCAAAUGCUAACUGUACAAAUACGUUUGGUUCGUACACUUGUCAAUGUUGGACCGGCUUUGCUGGCAAUGGGUUUGUUUGCACAGAUAUUGAUGAGUGCGCACUCGGCGUGAAUCACUGUGAUAAACAAAAUGGACGUUGUUCCAAUGUUCAAGGAUCUUACAUUUGCACAUGUAAAACUGGUUACAGCGGAGAUGGAAAAAAUUGCCAAGAUAUUGAUGAGUGCGAAUUGGACAUGCAUGCCUGUGAUAAAGAAAAUGGAAGUUGUUCCAAUAUGCAAGGAUCGUACAUUUGCACAUGUAAAGAUGGUUACAGCGGCGAUGGAAAAACCUGUCGAGAUAUUAUUAAUCCUUGCUUGGAAAAUUCCUGCGGUAAGGAUGCAACUUGUCGGUACAGCAAUGCUUCAUUUACGUGCACAUGUAACCUUGGCUACACUGGAGAUGGAUUAGAUUGUUUAGGUCAUAAAAAUGGAAUUGGCUAUUUUGGAUCAAAUCACACAAGUCCUUUAAAGAUAUAG